AUGAAUACAUCGCUAAAAGAAAAUAUUGAUGAUGUUUUGUUAGUGUCUGACUCAAGGAGAAAACGGAAAUUCAAGGCAACCUCGAAUAGGGCACAAAUGAGAAAUCGGUGUGGUACGUCAAUAGUGGACGCUCAGGAGAAUAAUGAAAAUGCAUCGAUAAACGUUUUGUCGGAAAAUUUUGAAAAUGCCUGGAAUUCUGAGAAAGACUCUCAAAAGGCUUGUACGAAAACAACAGAUAACACCGGAUCUAUCUCUGAGCAAAAAAAUGGUGAUUCAAAUAUUUCAAAUUUAUCCGCUGGAGAAGCUUUUGAAGAAUGCCGAAUGUCUCUUCAGGACAGCAAAUGGCAAUCGUUUAAUAAUGAUAAAGAUUCGUUUAUGGAUUCCUUGGACUGUGUUAUCAAAAGUAAUCUUUCAGUAAAGAAAAAUAUUACUGGAAGCAAGAAUUCUCUUCUUAAUUGUGAUUUUUCGCAAGGAAACAAGGAUCCGAAACAUAGUACUAUCAAAAUUUCAAGGGGACUAAAAACCGAGCAUAUUUCACCUGAAAUGACUUCUGAAGAUUCCAAUCACAUCGACAAAAUGGCUGCCAACGAGAAAGAAUCAAUUUGUUCUAUAAAAGAUGACAUUGAAGUUGCAGGACCUUCUCGAAUACGUCCUCUUAAGAAAAUGUUCGUUUGCGAUAUUUGUUCUAAAGAGUUUAAAUGGAAACGCAGCCUUCAAGAACAUUAUCGAAUACAUACUGGAGAAAGACCCUUCGAGUGCAGAAUUUGUAAAACAUCAUUUGCUCGGAAAUCAAGUCUCAAACAACAUUAUAAAAUACACUCUGACGAAAAGGCAUUUGUGUGUGAUAUGUGCGGAAAAGAUUUCAAUUUCAAACAAAAUCUCCAGAUACAUUAUCGGACUCACACGGGUGAAAAACCCUUUGUGUGUAAUGUCUGUCAAAAAGCAUUUGCUCAGGUCUCUACUCUUCAAACACACAUCCGAACACACACUGGGGUAAAACCUUAUAAAUGCCCAAUUUGCGGAAUGACAUUCGCUCAUAUAAACAAUUGCAACAGACAUCUUAGAAAACUGCAUGAGUGA